AGGCGUCAAACAGAGCUUCAACCAGCUCCUCACAGAGUGAGGACCGCCGAAGCAGGUUGAGGACUGCUCGCUUGCAAAGGUCCUCCUUUACAGAGGAAGCAAGCUCUGCGAUGCGUCGAGGCGUGAGAAAAGCCGACCAAGAAGAAGACCGAAGGCGAGUGAAGAUGGGCGUGCGGGUUGAACUACCGGGUGGCCAUGCACACCAUAUUGAUAGCUAUGACGUCAUGCACGUACGGAACGAAGUGGAAAGAAGGCAGUUGAUGCUUGGCGCUGCUCAAAUCUUCCAAUGGUGGGCCAUGUUGGCGAAGCAGCGUCAAAACCAGCAGGAACUACUUCGAACAAUGUGGGAAGCCAGUUCAGUGGAGAAGCAUUUGUUGCGCCGGGCCGCAAGGGUCCUUGAGAGACGGAGAAGUGCAGCAGCUGAGAAGACACAGGCUAUGGUAGAGAGGUGCACAGAUCUUGCGAGUGAGUGGUUGGUACAUGCAAAAGAUGACACGGAGGAGGUCAAAGAUCUUUGCUUCUUGGUAGUAGCGAAGUAUUUCAGUGUGCGAAUUGAGAAGUAUUUCAGUGGGUGUACUUUAGCAUUGAAAAAAGAGGAUAACAAUUCUAUUUGCAUAUCAGGUGAACGUAUGGCGACAGACGUGGGAAUUUAUCAGCAAGAGAUGUUGCACCUGCAGAUCCUUUUGCCACAAGCUUCACAGCCCUGCCAUAGAGCUGCUCUUUCAGAUGCUACACCAACCGAGCUUCUAGCUGGGUUCAUGCUUGAGAAGAGGCUGGCUGAAGCCCGUUGCCCCCAGCUCCAGAAAGCGCUCCAACAGCUGCUCAGAAGCAAUGCAGAGCUGCAGAGCAUUUACAUGAAUUACUUGGGAAGCAGGCCGCAAACUGCAAAGCUGGAAGAGAAGAUGGAGUCACAGGAGGAUACGCCGCGGCCAGAAAUUGAUGACACCAAAGAAGAGGAGAUGCGGGAUUUGGAGGAGCGCCUGAAAGCAGCAAUGGAGCUUUUGGAUGCACAUCAGCCUCAACCCGUAAAAGUUCGCAUGGCAGGCUUAAAGCAAUCAGCGAUCACAGACGAGGAGACCUUCAAACGCUUGAUUGCGGAGAAGUUUGCAGAGGCCAUCAAUGUGGACACAGACCAGGUCCGUAUCAGGAACUUGAGCGGAUCUGAA